AUGACCAAAGCGAAGGCCUCAAACCGGGAAGACAUCUUCAUGAGUAUCAAACCCGAACAUAUGCAAAAUAUCAGUACUGGUGCAAAGAACCACGAGUACCGCCGCUACCUCCUCCCAUCGAGUGUCCGUCGCAUCUGGUUCUAUACCACCGCUCCCGAAUCGCGAAUCGCACAUGUCGCCCGCGUCUCUCACGGCAAAGUCCCUGGCGAAGUCCCAGAAAAUGGCGGUAUUGGUAACGAGGACUUCAAUGCGGGCAAAAAGGUCUCGAAAUACGGCUAUGAAAUUCUUGAUUUGUGGAGAUUGAAGGAGCCAAUUCGAUUGAAAAUGGCCCUUUCAGAGGGUUAUUUGAACGGCGCACCUCAAAAGUAUUGUUGGGUUCCACCCAAGCUCCUGGAGCGCUGUCUACUGGAUGAACAAGAUCAUAUCAUUCCGAAGGUACUGGAAGAGCGCCCUGUUGAAAGCACAAAGAACGAUGAUCUAGAAGAACCGGAGGCUCAUCUAAACAAUCCCAAGAAAACAUCCAGCUCGACUGGCACGAAACGAAAGAUAUCGGAAUUCUUCGCACCAUCAAAUGCAACGAAAUAA